GCUGCCCGCAACUCCUAUUAUUGCUGCGCCUCUCUAGCGCCCCGGAAGCUGCCCCUUCUCAGGGGUCAUGAUGGGCAGCAAGAUGGCGUCUGCUAGCAGGGUCGUUCAGGUAGUCAAGCCACAUACUCCAUUAAUAAGAUUCCCUGACAGGAGAGACAAUCCCAAACCCAAUGUAUCAGAAGUUUCGAGAUCAGCAGGACUACCAUCUCACUCUUCUUCAAUUUCACAACAUUCUAAGGGAAGUAAAUCACCAGAUUGGCUGAUGUAUCAGGGUCCACCAGACACUGCAGAAAUAAUAAAAACUUUACCUCAGAAAUAUAGAAGGAAACUUAUGUCUCAGGAAGAAGCUGAAUAUAUCCAACGUGGAGGUCCAGAAUAAUCACUGACACUGUGGCUGCUGUUUGUUAUCAAACAAAAGAAUAGUCUUUACAAUAAAGGACUUCCAAAAUGACAGAUGAGAAAUUAUACAUUCAACAACUUUAAUAAAUAUUCUGUGAAAAAAAAAAGAAAAAGAGAAAAUUUAGAUAGACACUUGUAUCUCUUAAUUUAUGUAUCUUGGUCAGCUCCACAAGCUUACCUAAUUGUUUAUAUACUUUAUACUUAUUAAAGUACACAUUUAAAAAUGUUACUAUUAAUUUACUUUUGAUUAUCAAGUAUUACCAGUGUUGAACUAUUAAAAGCACACAAUGUCUAGUAAACCACCAUAGGUUUCCCAUCAUUUCACUUUUGUUUCUGUUUAGACCUGAGCUUAUCAGGCAGAAUUGCUUUUUGGAAGUGAUUUCCUGAAAUUGAAUGAGGAUAAAUGAAAUAAUGACUCCAUUAGUUGGUCUUAAUUCUCUUAACAUUUUUUUCAUUCACAAAGUUACUGGAGUAUGACUGGCUUAACAAGCACAUCCUACUCUAAAUAAAAAUAUAGGCAAGGGAAAUCCAGUGACUUUGUGGUAUUAAGACUGGGGAGUUAACACUAUUUGAUUAUUUGUAACCUAUUUUCAGAAAAAAAUAUCAGUAUAAAAUCAGAUCAAAAUGAAUAUAGCAUAGGCAUAAAUGUUUGGUUAGAAAUUGCAAUUUAUUAUUUUUCAGGGGUGUUAAGAAAGUCUUUGGUUUACUUUACUGUUUUGAUUGUAAUAAUGUAUCCAAAUCGUGGUAACCAUUAACUUUCUCAAACUUAAUGUCUGAAAGCUUCAUAAAAUCAACCUAAGUAUUUACCUUGUUAAGGAAAUUUAUGAAACUUUAAAAGGGUCUUCCUGUGCCAAGGGUAUAUUAUUAUUGUGAAAGUGAAGCCUCACAAAGCUAAAUAAAUUCUCUUCCAUAACUUUAA